UGAUCAUGCUGUUCAAGGGAUUUGGCCUUGGGCUCUUCAUAGUCGUGGCUGCUGUCACGAUCCUGGGCACCUUUGGUCAGACCUAUGAGGACUUCUUGACCAAGCACUAUGAUAAUCCCAAAAGCAAUGUUGGAGAUCAAUACUGUAAUAAAAUGAUGCAAAAACGUGGAAUGACCAAGCCCAAAUGUAAGGAGGUGAACAGCUUCAUCCAUACCACAAAGAACAACAUCAUUGAUGUGUGCGGGACUGGUGGAGUAGCUAUUGAUGACAGAUUGCGACGUAGCAACAAGCAGUUCCAGGUCACCACCUGCAAGAUGAAAGGAUCAUCCACCAAACCUCCUUGUGAUUACAGGGAAAACACUUCACUCAGAUAUAUUGUCAUUGCUUGUGAGAACGGAUUGCCUGUGCAUUAUGAGGAAGGUCAGAUUUAA